CUGGGCUGGCCGGCCGGGGGCGGGGCCGGGGCCUGGCCGAGCUCCGGGCUUCUGCAGCCAUCGCUACCUACGCUGUCCCUUAGCUUUCCUCACUCCCCGCCCGCUUGGGCCCAGUGGAGUUGAGUGGCAUCGACGGCCUCGCCCUGAGGGGCACGGCUGCUUCAGAGGCUCUGCCUCCUGCGCGGCGCGAUGUCUGGCGCCGAGACGACCCUCUGAGUCUGAGGCCGCGGCCGUGGCGCUAGGCGGCGGCAGGGCCGGGCCGGGUCCGCUCAUGGUGCCGCCAGGACGCCAUCGCGGGGCAGGAAGGCCAGGUGCCCUGAGUUCUUCACCUCCUUUUAGACUGAGAGCUGCCAAGUUUUCAGGAUUUGCUUUUGAGAAACUAAGAGAGGCCAUUAAAACCAGAUUGCAAAUGGUGUGUGUAUUUAUCAUGAACCGAAUGAAUUCCCAGAACAGUGGCUUUACUCAGCGAAGGCGAAUGGCUCUUGGGAUUGUUAUUCUCCUGCUUGUUGAUGUGAUAUGGGUUGCUUCCUCGGAACUUACUUCGUAUGUUUUUACUCAGUACAACAAACCAUUCUUCAGCACCUUUGCAAAAACAUCUAUGUUCGUUUUGUACCUUUUGGGCUUUAUUAUUUGGAAGCCAUGGAGGCAACAGUGCACAAGAGGGUUUCGAGGAAAGCAUGCUGCAUUUUUUGCGGAUGCUGAAGGUUACUUUGCUGCUUGCACAACAGAUACUACUAUGAAUAGUUCUUUGAGUGAACCUUUAUAUGUUCCUGUGAAAUUUCAUGAUCUUCCAAGUGAAAAACCCGAGAGCACAAAUAUUGAUCCUGAAAAGACUCCCAAAAAGUCUCGGGUAAGGUUCAGCAAUAUUAUGGAGAUUCGACAGCUCCCAUCAAGCCAUGCAUUAGAAGCAAAGUUGUCUCGCAUGUCAUAUCCUACUGUGAAAGAACAAGAAUCCAUAUUGAAAACUGUGGGGAAACUGACUGCAACUCAAGUAGCAAAAAUUAGCUUUUUUUUUUGCUUUGUGUGGUUUUUGGCAAAUUUGUCAUACCAAGAAGCACUUUCAGACACACAAGUUGCUAUAGUUAAUAUUUUAUCUUCAACUUCUGGACUUUUUACCUUAAUCCUUGCUGCAGUGUUUCCAAGUAACAGUGGAGAUAGAUUUACUCUCUCUAAACUAUUAGCUGUCAUUUUAAGUAUUGGCGGUGUUGUUCUGGUAAACCUGUCAGGGUCUGAAAAAUCUGCUGGAAGAGAUACAAUAGGUUCCAUUUGGUCUCUUAUUGGAGCCAUGCUUUAUGCUGUUUAUAUUGUUAUGAUUAAGAGAAAAGUAGACAGAGAAGAUAAGCUGGAUAUUCCAAUGUUCUUUGGUUUUGUAGGACUGUUUAAUUUACUACUCCUGUGGCCAGGUUUCUUUUUACUUCAUUAUACUGGAUUUGAGGACUUUGAGUUUCCAAAUAAAGUAGUAUUAAUGUGCAUUAUUAUUAAUGGCCUUAUUGGAACAGUUCUUUCUGAGUUCCUGUGGUUGUGGGGCUGCUUUCUUACCUCAUCAUUGAUAGGCACACUUGCACUAAGUCUUACAAUACCUCUAUCCAUAAUAGCUGACAUGUGUAUGCAAAAGGUGCAGUUUUCUUGGUUAUUUUUUGCAGGCGCUAUCCCUGUGUUUUUUUCAUUUUUUAUUGCAACUCUUCUAUGUCAUUAUAAUAACUGGGAUCCUGUAAUGGUAGGAAUCAGAAGAAUUUUUGCCUUUAUAUGCAGAAAACAUCGAAUUCAGAGAGUUUCAGAAGACAGUGAACAGUGCGAGAGUCUCAUUCCUAUGCAUGGUGUCUCUCAGGAGGAUGGAGCUAGUUAGCUGUUGUUGUCUGUAGUCCAGAGUACCUGAAACGAGGAUAUUGAUGAAGAAAAGAGACUUUUUCAGCUUACAGUUCUGGAGGCUGGAAAGUUCAAGGGUUUGGUGCCAGCACUUCCUUGCCCUCUACUGAGGGUGUUGUGCUCCUCCAUACAUGACAGAAAAGCAGAACAAGAUUGUGUGCGCAGAAGAGAUGAAACACAAAGGGGCAACUUUCUUUAUGAUGUCACCUGCUCUCGGUAAUUAAUCUAGUCUCCUAUGAGAAUAGCAUCAAUCCAUUCAUGAGAACUCUGCCCCAUGAUCUGAAUGCCUCCAAACCUGCCCUGCAACCCAACUUGUCAAACUGAGGAAAUAAGCCUCAGCAUGGGUCAAAUCAUAUUCAAACCACAGAAGAUAUGUAAAGAAGUUCUGCAAGAAUUUGUAGGUUGCCAUAAGGAGAGCAAGGCACUGGAUGCAUGAGGCAAGUAAGGAAGAAUUGUUCCAGCUCACAUUUGAUUUCCGUUUUUUUUAAACAGAAAUGUAUCACCAAACAGUUGCAUAGAUAUGCAUUAAAAUUUAAAAAGAAAAAUAAAGGAAGAAGAGGAUAAGAUAGCUUUACCUGGUUAUCUCAUGACUACUAACACGCUAUAUUACCUGGUUUUUUGUGGCUACUAAUACAUCAAAUACAUUCAGCAGUGCUGGUGGAGGUUAGAGGUGUGAUCUGUGGCCUUGGAGCAGAGCAGCAGACGGUGCACAGGGCUCUGAACUAAUGGCCCUGGUCUCAUUCACACAGUAAUGAGCAAACAUCACACAGGAAAGUUUCCACAUCCUAUAGUCUAAAGGAGAGGCUGUUCUAGAAGCCUUCUCCUUUGAGGGACACAAGCCUGAAUGAAUACAUAGUUUUAUUCCUUUACUAGUAAGGCUUUUGACACUAAAGUUCUUAACAUUCCUUUCCUAGGAAAUAGGAUGUAGGAGUCCUUGAAAAGGAUAUGGUUCCCUAGAAAAUUCACAUCUGUCUUUUAGAUUGGAGAAAUGAGAGAGAUGAAAACCUCAUUGAUGAUCCAUUCUUAUGGCUGGAAUCCUUGUCUUUAAAACAUUUUUGAGUUGUCUUUUGACAUUCUUUACCCUUCAACCCUUUUCAAAAACAGAUGUGGCUGUAGCCUGUCUUUGCUGAAAGAAUACUUUCCUCCUGAAUGUAAAAUUCUCCACAGAACAUUAAUUUUUCCCUUUUUGACUCUUGUGGUUAUUAGCACGCAACACCAGCAAAAGUGGUCCCAGAAAUAUGAGUGUGCAGCCAAAAACCAAACAAACUCCCAAUGGUUGCAAUGGGAAUGUUGAACUUUCUCAAUGUAUGCUUCACCAGAAGACCUGGGCUCACCUGCAAGUCUGACACAGACUGCCAAUGGAUUUGGCAUUCUGGGAACAAAUGUUGUAUAUAUGAAAGAUGGAGGUACACGGUGUGAUGAAGGAGAAGAGCCAAAUUCCUUCUGAUUUUAUCCUCCUCCUAGUAUGAACCAAAAAUAUCUACUCCAUAAAUAGGAAACCAUGAAGAAUCAUAGUCCUUAGAGAAGGGGUUGGGGAAGCAGGAGAGAAAAGAAUAUCAGGUGUAAUAAAAUUGAACUUGAAAAAGAACUCCAGCAAAAAAAAAAAAAAAAAAAAGAACUCCAGCAAAAA